CGUAAGUUAUGAUGGUUUAAUUCGAUUUUUGAUGUGAAGAAAAAAUUCGGUAAAACUGAAUAACCAUUGCCCAAAUUUCAGUGAAAACUGUAGCAAAACAGAAUACGUUCGAUUGUGAGUGAUCCGGGUAGGAUAUUUCGGAACCGAAACCACGGGAAUCGCCUUUUUUCUUUCGGGUUUCCGAUGGUUUUUUGUUCUCGCGGUGUGCUAAUCAACUAACACCAAAACUAAAAGAAAAAAAAGACAGUCUAAAUGGUCAGCAUAAGUUGAAACUUCUCGUGUGACACAAAAUCACAGAGCAAAUUCGCGGUUUUCGGUGAGAAUGGAGCUGGUGGACACGGCCCAUACGACGGAAAUGUGCUACCUAACACCCUCGGGUUCAUCGGACAUGGACGGAGGAAAACUCACCAAUUCUCACCACCGUCAGCCGCAGCAAAACAAUAACAACGGAAUGGCGCCGCUGUGCCGAGCAGAAACCGACGACAACGAUGAUCCGGGUCGGUACGCGUACGCUGGUGACGAUCCGCCCCCGGUCGAUGGAUUCGACGAAGGCAGCAACGGCAACCGGGAGGAAGAGGAUGACUACGGACUGGAGGAGGUAUACCGGACGGUUCACAGUGGACAGUCGGCCGUUCAGUGGAUCAACGAUGACGAUGAAAUCGAACGGUUGGAUCUGUCGCUGUCGAUCGAUCCGGCCAAUAUCGUUUUCAAUCGGGUGGACAGUGCGGACAUUAUCUACCAGGCCAAGCGGAAAAAGUGCAAACUGGUCGGCAAAUACGUGAUGGGAGACGUACUGGGCGAAGGAAGCUUCGGCAAGGUUAAGGAGGUGCUGGAUUCCGAAACGCUCAGCCGACGGGCGGUUAAGAUCUUCACCAAACGGAAACUGCGGCGCAUCCCAAACGGCGAACAGAACGUCCGGUGCGAGAUCAAUCUGCUGCGGAAGUUGCACCACAACAACGUGAUCGAGCUACUGGAUGUGCUGUACAACGAGGAGAAGCAGAAGAUGUACUUGAUCAUGGAGUACUGCGUCGGUGGUCUGCAGGAGAUGCUGGAUUCGGUGCCGACGAAGAAACUACCGAUGCACCAGGCUCACAGCUACUUUGUCCAGUUGCUGAGUGGGCUGGAGUAUCUGCACGGGAUGGGCGUCGUCCACAAGGACAUCAAACCGGGCAAUCUGCUGCUGACGUUGGAUCACACGCUGAAGAUAUCGGACUUUGGCGUAGCGGAGGCAUUGGAUAUUUUUGCACCGAACGACGACUGCACCAAUGGACAGGGGACACCGGCUUUUCAGCCACCGGAGAUUGCCAACGGACACGAGGUGUUCUCCGGUUUUAAGGUUGACAUUUGGAGCUGUGGAGUUACGCUUUACACAAUCGCAACGGGAAAGUAUCCGUACGAAGGUGAUAAUAUUUACAAAUUAUUAGAAAAUAUAGGAAAAUGUGAGUGGGUUGCGCCCGACUGGUUGGAAAGUCGACUGGCGGAUCUGUUGACGAACAUUCUGAAAGAGGAUCCCACGGAACGGUUCAAUUUGCAACAAAUUCGACAACAUGAAUGGUUCCGUUGUGCACCGAUCGCUACUGAUCCCUGCGUACCGGUGCCACCCCUCAAAGGAGACUCAAUCCGACGUUCCACUGUUUUGCCUUACCUAGAAGCACACCACUACGAGGCGGAUCGCGAUCUGGCCAACGUGUACUUCACCGAACACGACAUUAACGAGGAGAUAGCCCGACAGCAGCUGGAUCCGGGCUGCCCGCACGGGUUGGAAUCGAUUUCGUACCAAUCGGACGAAUACCACCAACAGCAUCACCAUCACCAUCAGUAUCAGAACAACAGCAGUAACGUCAGUGCUAGCUAUUCCGGCGAAGGUGCCGGUGAUGCGGACAGCGGAACGGCGAAUCGGACCCAGCGGAAGAUGCGUAGUAUUUCCCUCUCGCCGAAAUUUAGCUCGCGCCAUGCCACAGCCUCAGCCCCCGAGGGUGCCACGAAGCGAUCCCGUCACCACAAAAAGCCCGUUUCCUGUAUAUCGUGGAAAAAGUGGUCCCACUGUCGACAAUCGUGAAGCAAUGCAUGAGUGCUAGGGAGAAAGACAGAGAGAGAGAGAGGGAGAACUAGAGGCCGGCUGUUUCGCGGCGGGUCCCCGUGCGCUGAUGCCAUUCGAUGUGUUUUCUUUUUAAUUUAAAUUGUUUCUCUAGAAACGUAGAUAACUGUAAAUUUUAGCAGUGUUAGAAAAAUGGAACACACUAUCUAUAGGCAAUCUAUUGAACUACUUUUCUAGUUUAGAGUAGACGAAGUUACAAACAGACAAACAAACAAAUUUCGACGUGGAUGGGCCGGAUCCAAGGUCCCAGAGAGAAGAAAAAAAACAACUAAACAAACGGUUGCGCUAGGAUUUUGUACGGAAUUUACUGGAUAUGAACAAAUGCCUUGUCAUAGGUUAGUCAGAGCAGAAGUAGUCAAACUCCGGAGAACACUCCCAAGUGAACGAUGGAAAGCGAAGCGAACGAAGUGUUACGUCGUUAGGAUGAGAAAUGAUGGUUUUCCGGAUUGGCGGUACCGAAUUUUAGGUUCCUUUAUGAUGUGAAUAUGUAUGAUAUGUAAAUAGUAGUGACACACAAAUUGGAAGACAGUUCGUAAA